AUGGUGUGGAUGGUACUUUAUUCCUUAAUCAAAGUAGCUGCUGCAGAUUUGAGCUCGGUCGGAGAUUUUGACGCUGUCGGAGAUUAUAACUCUGAUGGAGAUUUAAACGAUAUCGGAGAUAUCAGCUCUGUGGGAGAUUUUAACGUGUUCGACGAUUUAACUGCUGCCGGAGACUUUAACUAUGUCGGAGAUACCGCUGUUGGAGAUUUCAACGGUAGUCCUAAACUAGAAAGAGUCGAGGAAACAGAAUACAUGGAGCCUAGCAAAUAUAUUCGAAAAGAAGAGGAAUUAGUCGCAGAGAUUCGUUUCAGAGAAGAUCUUCUCCGAACCGUCCCUAGACCAGAUGUAAGGGAUGUGGAUAUAAAAGUAAAAAGUUUGCCGGCAGCAGGA